AUGGAGGAAACUACUGAAGGAAUCGGAAUCAAAAUCUACAAUGCCUCACCAAACGAUGAGGCGACUUCAGAUCUAGAAGCGGCGGCGCCACCGGAAAAGAGACGUAAACGACGUGCAGUGGCGAAGGGAGUUCAGAAGACACUAUCAAAGACAUCAAUGCUUGUGAAUUUCCUUCCCACAGGGACGUUACUGACAUUCGAGAUAGUAUUGCCUUCAGUGUCCGGUGAUGGACUUUGCUCUUCUGUGAGUACAACCAUGAUCAAUGUCAUGAUGGGACUAUGCGCUCUCUCUUGUUUCUUCUUCCACUUCACCGACAGUUUCCGAAGACCUGACGGGAAGGUUUAUUUCGGAUUCGUUACUCCAAAAGGGCUAUCGGUGUUUAAGUCGGUUCUCGGGGUGGAGGUUCCAAAGGACGAGCGAUACAAAGUUGGACUGACGGAUUUUGUGCAUGCCGUAAUGUCGGUAAUGGUGGUUGUAGCCAUAGCAUUUUCGGAUCAUCGGGUGACGGAUUGUUUGUUCCCAGGUCAUGUAAAGGAGAUGGACGAGGUGAUGGAGAGUUUCCCAUUAAUGGUGGGUAUCAUAUGCAGUGGCCUCUUUCUUGUCUUCCCCAACUCUCGUUAUGGCAUAGGGUGCAUGGCCGCCUGAUGAGGCUCCCUUGAAUUUGAAUAUUCACUCUUGCCGUAGGUUAGUAUUUAA